CUCCCCUCCGUCACGUGGCCGGCGCGGGCACAGCACCCGGAAGCAGCGGGCGGCGGCGGGCGCCCCCGCUUGGGUGCAGCGGGGCAGGAGGAGGCGAGUGGCGGCCCUGCGUCCCCGGGCCCUGCCGAGCCGGCUGACCUAGACUGAGUUUUUUCUAAACAUCAUGGGAGAGAUUAAAGUCUCUCCUGACUAUAACUGGUUCAGAAGCACAGUUCCUCUUAAAAAGAUAAUAGUAGACGAUGAUGAUAGUAAAGUCUGGUCACUGUAUGAUGCAGGACCUAGGAGUAUUCGGUGCCCGCUCAUAUUUCUCCCUCCUGUAAGUGGAACUGCAGAUGUGUUUUUCCAGCAAAUUUUGGCGCUGACUGGAUGGGGCUACAGAGUUAUUGCUUUGCAGUAUCCAGUGUACUGGGAUCACCUUGAGUUCUGUGAUGGAUUCAGAAAACUGUUAGACCACCUUCAGCUGGAUAAAGUUCACCUUUUUGGAGCUUCUCUGGGAGGCUUUCUAGCUCAAAAAUUUGCUGAAUACACACACAAAUCUCCCAGAGUUCAAUCUCUGAUCCUGUGUAAUUCCUUUAGUGACACUUCUAUCUUCAAUCAGACAUGGACAGCAAACAGCUUUUGGCUGAUGCCUGCUUUUAUGCUGAAAAAAAUUGUCCUUGGGAAUUUUGCAUCUGGUCCUCUAGAUCCUGAAAUGGCUGAUGGGAUUGAUUUCAUGGUGGACAGGCUGGAGAGUCUAGGCCAGAGCGAGCUUGCUUCAAGGCUUACUCUCAACUGCCAGAACUCCUAUGUAGAACCUCAUAAAAUUCGAGACAUCCCUGUAACCAUUAUGGAUGUAUUUGACCAAAGCGCACUUUCUACUGAAGCAAAAGAAGAAAUGUAUAAGCUCUAUCCUAAUGCCAGAAGAGCUCAUCUCAAAACCGGAGGCAACUUCCCCUAUCUCUGCAGGAGUGCUGAGGUCAACCUAUAUAUUCAAAUCCAUUUACUGCAGUUCCACGGUACCCGGUAUGCAGCCAUCGAUCCCUCCAUGGUCAGCGCAGAAGAGCUGGAAGUCCAAAAGAUCCGUCUUCACACCAGCAAUGAGCAAGAAGAGCAGUAGGUUUUGGGUGCCGGUGAAAAUGAGGAGUUGGUUUGGUGGUCUUCCUGUGUACAAUCAACUGUUCCUACUCUGCCUUUUUCCUUGUGUUAACCGAUUAUCACUGUGUGAUUCCAACAGGAUCAAUAGUCAGUGAACUACCCACGGACAGUAACCUCUGGAAGUGUGACAGGAUAGGUCUGUUUAAUUUUUAGUCUUUGAAUUCAAGGAGGCUUCCUUUGAAGAUUACAGUUUUAAAAACAAAGACAUUUUUGCUACCAAAGUCGUCACUGUCAUGUUCUUAAGCAGAACAAUAUUUCUUUUUAUAUUUUUCACUCAGCUGUAUAUAUUGCCACAUGCAGAUUGUGUACUUAUAAGCUGACAUAUAUUUUUGUUGAAUAUUUGGUUUAAAAGGUGUUUAAGUGACAACAUUGCCGCCACUCACUUGCUUCAUAUGUUGUGUUGUUAGUUCAUUUCUAUUUGAAAUAAAGCAUUUGAAUUUUUAACUUUCUUGCUGUUUAAAAAUGGUUUUCAAUAAAACUUCAAUUUCA